UGAGUUGACCCAGAAAAUAGGCAGUUGUUUCAAAAUUUGAUGCAGCAGUCUUUGUGCAUCGGCCCUGUUUGAGCAUGAAGCGUAACCCUGUGGAAUACAUACUGUAAUCUGAAGACACCUCGCCUUGCAGAUCAAAACUAAAAUAAAACGUAGCAGUAGCGAAACGUUAAUCCGAGUAGAUACGGACAGGAGCCAUGGCGGAUCAUCUAAUGAUGCCCAUGAACCACAGCUCUGCGGGCGGGGGCCUCCACGGCUACAGGAUGGGCAUGAACGGAGGCCUGCAAGCAGGCCACCAGCAGCACGUAGUGCCCCAACCCGGCCUCCGAGCACUGCCCAAUGGCCAGAUGAUGCACUACGGCGGGGAACCUCAGCAGCAGGCCACCAUGGAGGUGGCCAUGAGGCAGCGGCAAGGCAUGGUGGGGCCCGUGAACGGACAGCUCAACGUGGCUCAGAUGGGCCACCACCAGAUGACGUCUGGUAACAUGAUGUACAACAACGGGCAGGCCCAGCAGCAACACCACCCCCAGCACCAUCACAUGCACCAACAACAGCAGGUCCAGCAGCAGCAACAACAGCAGUAUAUGAAUGGUGGCCUCACGUCCCAGCAGCUCAUGGCCAGCAUGCAUCUGCAAAAACUCAACACCCAGUAUCACGGACAUCCACUGGGGCCCAUGAACAGCAACCACAUGGGCAACGGGGCAGCCCAGUACCGCAUUGGCCCGGCCCAGCUGGCUAACAUGCAGCAGAUGGCUGGGCCGGCGCUGGCCUUGAACGGCAUGGACGCGGACAUGAUUGACGAGGAGGUUUUGACGUCCCUGGUCAUGGAGCUGGGCCUGGACCGCGUUCAGGAGCUGCCCGAACUCUUCCUGGGCCAGAACGAGUUUGACUUCAUCUCAGACUUUGUAAGCAAACAGCUGCCCAGCACUGUCAGCUGCUGAGUGAGCGAGGACCUGAGUCAACGAUGCUGUGAAGGGGCCUGGAGAGGUGGAGAGUUUGGAAAGACUUGAGUAGAGUGUUGCCCACUGGAGACAACUACUGCUCCGCUUUUCAUUUUUGUGUUGUGCCUUUCACUGUAACUGUGCUAGGUCGCAGUGAAAGGCAGAGAAGAGUGAGCGAGAGACACUGGUCUGGAUAACCACAGCGUACAGUACUAGGGUGUCAUUUGUGAAGUGACCAGAGGUGCAGUUCUGUGUUGGGUCGCAGCUCGCCUGUAAUGGGACAUCGUCCUCCCGCAUCUCUUCUCUCCAGAGAUGAAUGUAAACAAAACGGCUGAAUUUGAGAAGCCACUCUGAACAAUGUUAAGACACUGUUGCCUCAUACCCUGGACUAUAUGGCAGUUUAGUAGUAAAAUGUGUUUAUUUAUUACUCAAAGUUAAUAUAGAACAAACCAGAGACCAACAGAGAUCUUCCAGAGUGAGGAUCAAGUGCUUUUGGUGUUUUGGGUAGGGUCAGGGAAAGCUCAAAGUUUAAGGUCUCUUAAUUGUUUUUAUUUUUUGACAAAUUGGUCUGGGCCUUCUGUUUGAAAAUAAGCCCCUCAAAUUCAUUUUUGAUCUUCCAAUAGCUUGGAUUUCUCUCCAAGAACGGAGACGGCAGUACAAGAAGAAUGUAAUUUCAUGGAUUUGAAUGGAUGUCCAUCAUAAUUGAAUAGCUCACUUUUGGCAAGUAUUGCUUUUAGCUGUGACGUUCUCAAACCUACUGCUUGUACUCUAUAAAUCUGUGUUACUACAGGAAAGUCCAGGUCACACUGUCUGUUCUAUGUGAGUUGUAGAACUGCCUUAAUUAUUUUUUUUACUUUAUUGGUGGUUUUUAUCUUCCCUUUGUGGUCAACGGGGCGGGGGGUCUUUGUGAAGGGGUUUUGAGGAUCAAUAAAAAUGGCCUGGAUAUAA